UAUCCUUCUUUCCUACCUACUAUCUAGCUAAUUAAACUCUAUUCUUCUUCAAUGGCGUCUCUACCAGUAGAUCAGCAAAAUCUUCAUCUUUUCCAUAAUAUGACCAUUUUGGUCACUGGCGCUACUGGUUUCUUGGCUAAAUUAUUUGUGGAGAAGAUGGUAAGAACUCAGUCAGAUUUCAAGAGAAUGUAUCUUCUAAUAAGAGCAGAUGAUAUUUCAUCAGCCAAUAAACGCUUACUAGAUGAGGUCAUAGAAAAUGAAUUAUUUCGAGUUGUUGGAAAAUUGGGGGCAGAGGGACUUAGGUCUUUUAUUUCGGAAAAAAUAGUUGCAGUUCCUGGGGACAUCAGAUCAUUCGAUCUCGGGAUCAUUAGGAAUGAUGACUCCAACUCCAAUAUUAUGUUACAUAAUAUGUUUACACAUAUUGACAUUAUUGUUCAUUCCGCUGCCACCGUGAGAUUUGAUGAAAGAUAUGAUACUGCAAUAAACACAAACCUGAAGGGAGCUAUGAACGUAUUGAGCUUUGCCCAAAGAUGUACAAACUUAAAAUUGCUUCUUCAUGUCUCCACUGCCUAUGUAUGUGGAGAAAAGGAGGGAUACAUACUAGAGAAGCCCUUUUAUAUGGGUGAAAGCCUUAAUGGAAUUGAUGGAUUAAACAUUGAAACCGAAAUUAGAAUGAUGGAAGAUCAUCUGAGUGAACUAAAAGUAAAAAAAGCUAAUGAAAAAAAAAUUACUUUAGCUAUGAAAGACAUGGGCAUGCAAAGGGCAAGAAAGUAUGGGUGGCCAAAUACAUAUGUAUUUACAAAAGCAAUGACUGAAAUGUGGUUAGGACAAUGGAAAGGUGAUAUUUCUUUGGUUAUUAUGCGUCCAACUAUGAUCUCGAGCACGUUCAAAGACCCUUUCCCUGGUUGGAAUCAAGGCAUCGGAACAAUCAAUGGAUUCAUCCUUGGUUAUGGCAAAGGAAAGAUGAAAUGUCUAGCAUUUGAUCCACAAUCAAUUUGUGAUUUGAUCCCAAGUGAUAUGGUGGUAAAUGCAAUGAUUUGUGCAAUCAUAGUCAACAUGAAACAAAUGUAUCUUCGUGAUACAAUAAUUUAUCACAUCGGCUCUUCUAUGAGAAAUCCCGUCACUUACGGUUGUCUUGCAGUCAGCCUGUUCAAGUACUUCACCAUUAAUCCUUGGGUUGACAAAAAUGGUAAGAUUGUUAAGGUUGGCAAACUCAGGUCAUUUAGCACCCUUAAGGCCUUCCAUGCAUACAUGAAUUUCUAUUACUUGAUACCAUUGAAGGGCCUGAAAUUGGUGAACAAAGUAACUUUUUUAUCAAUAAAAGGAAACACUCACGAACAACUUAGUAGAAAGAUCAAGUUUUUGAUAAGGCUGGUUGAUAUGUACAAACCUUACUUGUAUUUCAAAUCAAUAUUCAAAGAUAACAACACUGAGGAACUACGAGAAAUGGUAAGAAGAAUGUACAAGAUAGAUGAAAGUACGUUUAAUUUCCAUUCAUCGUCUAUUGAUUGGGAGGAGUAUUUCAUGAAUACACAUAUUCCCGCAAUCGUCAAGUCUCUUUUCUAAAAGGAUUUUUCUUCUUCCUUCAAUAAGCUUAAGCUUGUUAAUUUCUUGUGACAUUAUUAAUUAUUCUCAAGAGACUUAGUUUCUUCCUAAGAAGUCAUUAUAUAUCUUCUUCCAACGUUCUCAUCUACUUCCUUAAUAA